AUGAACCAGGAAGUGAACGGGAGAAACAGGAAGUGAGGUGAAAAAGGUGACACAUUAAGCUAGCUAAGUAGAGAGAGGAGUAAAUUGAAGACUGCAAUGAACAUUCAAGAGGAAGUUUUUAUCAUUUUACUUUAAAAUAAGAAUCAUUUUUACAAAUGCAUACUUAGCUAAGUGGUGGAAAUGGACAGAAAAGCCCUGUGAUGAGGUGGCAACUUGUCCAAGGUGUACCCCGCCUUCCGCCCGGAUGCAGCUCAGAUAGGCUCCAGCGACCCCAAAAGGGACAAGCGGUAGAAAAUGGAUGGAUGGAUGGAUAGUAGCGCUGGUGAAGAAUGACUCAUAAUCCUCGCUGAGAAACGGGGCGGGACCAAGUGUCUUUUCGUGUCGUUCUCGCCAAUUCUGGGUCCUAAAUGGCUGUCAAAGUGUACCAACUCGUUGGAAUACCUACUCAGCCAUCUACUUUCCAGGCGUCUGUGUCGCGGCUGCAUCUCUCAUGGUUACUACGUGAGUAACAGGAAGAAAAGCCCAGACUCGUUUUAGGGAGAAGUCAUUAAGUGCCCCCUGCUGGACAACGACAUGCAGGCCGACGCUCUCCGCCGCUAAAAGCGAGGGAAGAGCCACCAGAGAGGCCGAUAUAGAGGUGCUUGUGUGCGGGGAGACGCUCUAUCCGUAGCCGCCGAGAUGCUGCUGCUGCUGCCGCUGCUGGCGGCUCUCUCAUCCAGCGUGGAGCUGGCCACCGCUGAGGGUUGUGGGACAUCAUGUGGAAAAUGUGACUGCAGUGGUGUGAAAGGAGCAAAGGGUGAGCGUGGGCUCUCUGGUCUCCAAGGUAAUAUGGGAUUCCCAGGAUUGCAAGGACAUGAGGGGCCCGCCGGACCGAUGGGUCCCAAGGGAGAUCCAGGUCAGUUUGGGGCUCCUGGAAUAAAAGGAGUCCGGGGUCCUCCUGGUCUUCCAGGGUUCCCAGGAAACCCAGGUUUACCAGGGAUUAAUGGAAACGAUGGUGCACCUGGUCCUCACGGUGUUCCAGGAUGCAACGGCACUAAAGGUGAUAGAGGGAAAGACGGCAUUCCUGGCUUCGAUGGUCUGCAAGGACCACCUGGCACCGCAGGACUUCCUGGAAUGAAGGGUGAUCCAGGUGGUGUGAUUGGAAUUAUUCCCUUGAAAGGAGACAGAGGCUUUCCUGGCACACCUGGAAUACCUGGAUCCGUUGGACCUUCUGGUCCGACUGGUCCUUCAGGACCUCGGGGAUACGUAGGACCCAAAGGUGAUCCCGGCCUACCAGGACUCCCUGGAGAGAAGGGUGACAGACUGGCCUUUGUGAGUGAGAAAGGAGAUAAGGGUGAGCCAGGCUUUCGAGGCCCCCCCGGACCCCCCGGACCGCCGUCACUGCCAGUGGAUGGUGCAACCACAGAGUAUAUACCAGGACUAAAGGGAGCGAAGGGAGACAAGGGCUGGUGUAAUAUAUCUCAGAAUGGCGUAAAAGGUGAACCAGGCCCACCUGGACCAUUAGGUAAACCUGGCAAGGAAGGCGAGGAAGGACGGAAGGGAGAAAAGGGCUUCUUCGGAACUUCCGGCUACCCAGGACUACAGGGUGAAAAGGGGGAAAGAGGACCUCCAGGAUAUGCAAGUGGUGCCCCUGGUCCUCCUGGUCUACCUGGGUUACAAGGAGAGAAAGGUUUUCCUGGUCCCCAAGGAGAAGCAGGCCCACCAGGACGUUAUCUUGAAGGCCCCCGUGGAGAGACAGGCCAAAAAGGAGAUAUGGGUCAUAAAGGAGACCAGGGUUUAGAAGGCGAGUCUCUUGUUGGACCCCCGGGGCAACCAGGACCAGACGGACCCCCAGGACUUCCAGGACCCCCCGUUGACCCCGAUAAAUGCAACAUUGCAAAAGGCGCCCAAGGCCCACCUGGAGCUCCAGGGCUUCAAGGAGAACUGGGACAGAAAGGUGACCAAGGAGACACUUGUGUUCAGUGCGAAGGGUUUGGCCCCGCUGGAUUACCUGGACCCCAGGGCCUUAAAGGAGAGCGAGGUCCUCCUGGUCUAGUGGGAAGCAAAGGAGGCAAGGGUCAGUCAGGAUUCCCUGGAACACCUGGAAGAACUGGCCUCAAUGGCAGUCCCGGUUUGAUUGGGGAACCAGGUGCAGUUGGAGCGCCCGGAGACAUUUUCAUUGCUUCAGGUCUGAAAGGAGACAAAGGUUUGCCCGGUUUCGCCGGUUCACCAGGACAACCAGGCCUGGAUGGGAAACCUGGGAGGGAUGGCCUACCGGGUGUGCCCGGCCACAAAGGAGAACCUGGCAGAGGCGGCAUCAAGGGUGAUCAUGGACCAAUCGGAGACCCUGGUCGUGUAGGCCCUCCAGGGGAGAGGGGUCCUUCAGGUGUGCCAGGCUAUGGCCGACCAGGGGUGCCUGGGGACAAGGGAAGUCACGGGACUCCAGGUAUCCCCGGAUCCCCUGGAGUACCUGGUGCCAAAGGUGAGCCAGGUACAGGCGUGAGCACCCCUGGAGCGCAAGGUAUACCUGGACCACGUGGGGAGCCUGGCAGAGAUGGACUGCUAGGGGACAGAGGUCUCCAAGGAGACGCUGGAGUACCAGGUUUUCCUGGUCAGAAAGGUGAUCAAGGUUUUCCUGGAAUUGGAUUUCCUGGCCCGACUGGUCCCAAAGGAAUCAGUGGAAUUCCAGGUGCUCCCGGAUUGUCCGGAGAGCCAGGAAGACCCGGACAGGAUGGUAUUUUUGGACAGCCUGGUCCACAUGGACAAAAAGGUGAACCAGGAAUGGGUCUCCCAGGACCAAAAGGUUCAAAGGGUACCUCUGGUAUUAUUGGCUUCCCAGGAGAGAAAGGUGGCUUGGGACUGCCAGGUAUUCCUGGGAGAGAAGGCCAGACAGGACCACCAGGACCUCAAGGAAUCAAAGGUAGCAUGGGCCGUGUUGGACCUGUUGGAGUGGUAGGGUUACCAGGAGCUCCAGGAAACGGCUUGCCAGGUGCCCCUGGACCACAAGGACUGCCUGGAGAGCCUGGUCCAUUUGGUAGGGAAGGUGAAAAAGGAGAGCAGGGCUAUCCAGGUCCACCUGGCCUCGACAUGCCAGGGCCUCAAGGAGAAAAAGGAGUCUCUGGGUUCCCGGGAGUCCCUGGUGUUAAAGGACUGCCAGGAACACCAGGCUUUCCAGGAAGGGAUGGACAGAUAGGACAGCAAGGUUCCAAAGGUGAAAUGGGAGUCAUUGGGACCCCAGGAUCGCCAGGAUUUCAGGGAUCACCAGGUUUACCUGGAGGUCAAGGCUUGACAGGUGAUCCCGGUGUUCCUGGUUUACGAGGACUAAUUGGACAAAUUGGAGCAAAAGGAGAGAGGGGAGAGCAAGGUCCUCAAGGACCUCCAGGGAACAUGAGUAAAGUCGACAUGGUGAAAAUGAGGGGGGAUAAGGGAGACAUUGGCGACCCAGGAAACGCUGGAGUGACAGGACAGAAAGGUUAUCGUGGACUACCUGGAGAUCCUGGAAUGCCAGGCAAAAAUGGAGAACCUGGUUUACCGGGACAGCCAGGUGAUAAAGGAGACAGUGGGAUUCCUGGAGAACUAGGCAGUAUGGGUCCACCAGGUCAGAAGGGUUCUGCGGGAGAAAUGGGAAUACCGGGUUCAACUGGUCUGAAAGGUGUUAAAGGAGAUAUAGGUACACCGGGACAUCCUGGUUUCAGAGGCACGGAUGGAGAGAAAGGAGAACUGGGAUCACCUGGUGAGCCAGGUAUUGGUCUCCCAGGAUUUCCAGGAGAAAGGGGUACACCAGGCCAACCGGGAUUCCCAGGACUACGGGGGGACAGGGGUCAGAAGGGUCAAAUAGGAACACCUGGCAUGCCAGGACCUGAAGGAACUAAAGGAGAUAAAGGAUUCCUUGGCACUCCAGGCCAGCCUGGCAUACCUGGUGUGAAAGGUGUUCCAGGGCUACCAGGAUCUCCGGGGGAGCCUGGUUUUGAUGGUCGGCCCGGUGAGGGUGGUUUGCAGGGGGCACCUGGUACUCCUGGAGAGAAAGGAGAAGCCGGUGUAGAUGGCAUACCUGGAUCGUCUGGGGAGAGAGGAGAUCCAGGUUUACCUGGCCUAAGUAUUCCGGGGGCCCCCGGAGAGAUUGGUAGCAAAGGUGACAGUGGUGAUCCUGGCAUUCCCGGCGCCCCAGGUUAUCCUGGUGUCCCUGGUAUCAAAGGUGACAAGGGACUUACAGGCCUACAAGGACGGCAGGGUGAGCCAGGUCAAUCCGGAUUCCCAGGAAUCUCUCUUGAGGGUCCCAAAGGAGAUCGGGGCAAUGCAGGACAACCUGGAGAACCAGGAAACAUUGGAGCUCCAGGAGCUUCUGGUGUGCCGGGACGAGACGGGCAGGUGGGAGACAAAGGAGACCAGGGUCCGCCAGGUUUCCAGGGAGAGUCAGGACAAAAGGGUGACCUCGGAGGUCCAGGAUUCAAUGGACAACCUGGUCUUCCUGGGGUUCAUGGUCCCAAAGGUGAGCGGGGAUUUCCGGGUGUUCCCGGCUUCCCAGGCCCAAAGGGUACUUUCGGGGACCUGGGAUUUAAGGGAGAACUUGGAGACAGAGGAUUUCCAGGGGAAAAGGGUAACCUCGGUGCUCCUGGUCCACCUGGCCCACAUACCUUUAUCAAAGGAGACAUUGGUCAACAGGGUAUUGCAGGCUUAACAGGACCACAGGGCCCAUCUGGGUUCCCAGGACAGAAAGGACUACAGGGUGUGACUGGCCAAAAGGGGCCAAAAGGAGAAGAUGGCCUCCCUGGAUAUCAUGGUCAACCAGGAUCCAAAGGAGAACCUGGUCUCCAAGGGCCUGAAGGACCAAGAGGGUAUCCUGGCCCUUCAGGACCUGAUGGCGUUCCCGGACAACUGGGACCACCUGGCCCCUCCUCAAUGGAUCACGGGUUCUUGGUGACUCGUCACAGCCAAAAUGUGGACAUUCCAGUUUGUCCCGAAGGCACCUCGCCCAUUUAUGACGGCUACUCUCUGCUGUACGUGCAAGGCAACGAACGCUCCCAUGGGCAGGAUCUUGGUACGGCAGGUAGCUGUCUAAGGAAGUUCAGUCCGAUGCCCUUCUUGUUCUGUAACAUCAACAACGUGUGCAACUUCGCCUCCCGUAACGACUACUCGUACUGGCUCACCUCGCCCGAGCCCAUGCCCAUGAGCAUGGCGCCCAUCACCGGGGAAAGCAUCAAACCCUUCAUCAGCAGGUGCGCGGUGUGCGAAGCCCCGGCCAUGGUGAUAGCGGUCCACAGUCAGACCAUUAUGAUCCCACCGUGUCCUUACGGCUGGGACUCCCUGUGGAUCGGAUACUCCUUCGUCAUGCACACCAGUGCUGGUGCUGAGGGGUCGGGCCAGGCUCUGGCCUCUCCCGGUUCCUGCUUGGAGGAGUUUCGAAGUGCGCCGUUCAUCGAGUGUCACGGCCGCGGGACUUGCAACUACUACGCUAACUCCUAUAGCUUCUGGCUCGCGACCAUUGAAGACAGCGAGAUGUUUAGGAAACCCGUGCCGACGACGCUAAAAGCGGGAAACCUGCGGACGCACAUAAGCCGCUGCCAGGUGUGCAUGAAGAGGACAUAAUCCAAACACCUGCGCCCGUCCCCCACCUCUAAGCAAUCGCCGUUGCCAUACCUACUUCCUCUUGUCGGAGGACGGUGCUAUUUCCCCGCAUGUGUGAGAGCGGUGACGGACUUUGAACUUUAAAAAAAAACGAGAAACGUCGGAAAAAAAUAAAAAUCCCCCGCUCCACCUGGAACACUUCUACUAACAAAGAUGGCGCCGCAUGGUUUACCGCUGCACUGAGUACAUGCCCCGCCCCCACCCCAUGAACUGGUAAACUAGGUGCUAUUGGAUCUUAUAAUCUGCUUUAUUCCAUUGAAAGCUACGUGCUUGUGGCAUAAAUCACUCUUUUGUUGACGCACACUGAUAUUAAGGAUGGGACUGACCACUGACUUCAUCACUUCUAACAAGCUUCCUCUUGUAAAUAUACUGCAUUCCUUGUUCUACAUACUCUCCUCAGGUUGUUAUUGAGCGUGUGUGUGUGUGUGUGCGUUAUUAAAUACGUUUUAUUUAUAAGACACUAUGUUGCACUCAAUGCAUCCAUUAGGCGCCUCAUUAGUAUGCAAAAUAGCACUGUGGGAGUAAAAAAUGGCCGCUGUGAGUGAACGUGUGUUUACCUUUAACCAAAAGUUUGGAAAUUUGUGUUAGACUAUAAAGUUUAACAGUCACAUUUCACACGAGAAAAAUGUAUUAUGUCGUGCAGUAUGUCGUGUGCAACCCCCUGAGGACCAGCGUCCUCUGCAGUGGAACAAAAACUUGCAAUAGGCACCUCACUUUUUGUGAGUAAUCCGUUCAAAAAGGUCAGAGGGGAACCGAAUACUUUUUGUAACUCAACUGACGCCCUAAAAAUAUUUCAGAGAAGACGGUUAUAAUAUUACAUGCAGAAAACAAUGUGAAAUUAAUAUAAAUGUCGAAUAAAAUUGCCAAAUAAACAUUUAACGUCACUUAGCACUUUGCUACGAGCUCUUUCUUGAAUUCAAGGGUGUUUGUCACCUUCUUAAUCAAAGUGCUGACACUCGCAACUUUCUUUGGCCCCAUGGUGGCUUAUAUUAAAGAGCAAUGCAUGCAAUUCUUUAUUGGGCAACAUUUUGGCAUGCAUUUUAUUUGACAACCUAGUCAUACAAAACGUGAGGCGUAGGAAAAUAAUAAACAAUAAAUAAUUGUUUUAUUUUGAAAAAAACCUAAGUAGAGCCGACACCUGUACCCAAGUUUGACAUUCAGCGUCUUGGAAUGAAUACUUCUGUCGCAACAAUGAUUCUUGCCAGUACAUUUAGCAUUGAAAGCUUAUUUGUUUGUAUUUUAAAUUAUGUGCCAAGCAAACACGAUAUUUUGUCUUGUGUCUAAAAUCAUUACAGCCGAUAAAUGCCGUUUAUAGUUUACUACUAAAACGUAAAAAUGUAAUAUGACAACAUUAACGUUUUUUUAACAUUAAAAACAGCUACCAUCUAAAAAAAAAAAAAAAAGUCAACACCCUCCAUAGGGUUGUUAAAAAAUAUUACUUCACAUCCGAAUCUCGAUUUUAAUUCAUUCUGAUUCUGAAUAGAUUCUUUAUUUUCAAUAUAAAAAAAUAUUAAUAAUACUGUUUUUAAAGAAAUUAAAAAAUAAAAUGUUUGAGCCAUCUUUGCGCAAAUGUAUGUCAUAAGUCAAGAUGAGAUUUUGUAACUUGUUAUGAGUAAGCUUUAUCAUUAUUUUUAUACCACAUAUUUCAUUUAUACAUACAGUAUAGAUCCAAUAUAUUUCUAUACAAAAAAAUAAGAUUAAAAAAAACUACACACCACAAGAUCAGGCCCGUGUACCCCCAGUGUUACUAAUUUUACUGUCGUGAUGAUGCUUCUUUGGCUUUGCUUUCUAUCUUAAACAAUGUCAAAUCUGCCAAGAGCCUCAGCAGCAUGGUCACACACCGCUCUGGGACGUCACCACACUCCUCAACCAGGAGUUGUCGAGAGUCAGCCGUCUACGUGUUGGUCACUCCAGUCCAAGCAUGACCACAAAAGAUGAUCCCGCAGUUUGGGCGAACGGACUGACAAAUUACGGAACUAAUCUUGGAUAAACAACACUGUGGGGUUGAGCGUUAUCAACUCGGUGGAUAGAGUUUGGUCCCAGACUGAGAUGGUUGAAGAAUCUCAUCUGGGUAUCUCUGCGUUGAGACUGCUCUCCGUAAUAACAAGCCGCUCCACAGUCUGGUGGAAGAGCGACGGACAAGCCGUCCCACAGCUUAGAGUAUACAGCAGAACGAGAUGUUUUUGGCUAGAAGCAUUGAAAACACACAUUUCCAAACUUGUAAUCUGCUCAAAUUUCAUUCAUUCCGACAUUUUUAAACAUUUUGCCAGAUAAAGAGAAGACAUGUUUUGAAUAGUCUGAAAUGGAAGUUAAAGCUUAUUACACCUAUCCCAGUGUAUUUACAAAACAGAAACAGAAGUGGAAAAAAAAACUACCACUGUCUUAUGCAUGUAGUUGUAAUUUUUUUUUGUUUUCCAUUAAUCACAAAAUAAAUAAAAAAUUAUGAAAAAGUCCCAACGUGUUAAUUUUACAUUCUUUCCAUCCAUUCUCAACAUGUUUUUUUAAAUAAUUGAUUUCUUCAAAAGUUUGAGUCUUUUAACUCUUGGUC